UAGCCUCCCGCUGCUUGUUAUUUUCUGCAACAAGAUGGCUGUCGUUCCUGAGAGCAGAGUCCUCACUUUCGGCGUUUUUAAAUGGAGCUCUUACUCCUCCACAUAUUUACCAGAGAAUAUCUUAGUGGACAAACCUAACGAUCAGUCUUCCAGGUGGUCCUCUGAGAGCAACUACCCUCCACAGUUUUUAAUCUUGAAAUUGGAAAGGCCGGCGAUCGUUCAGAGCAUCACCUUCGGGAAAUACGAGAAGACGCACGUGUGCAACCUGAAGAAGUUCAAAGUGUUCGGCGGGAUGAGCGAAGAAAACAUGACAGAGCUUUUGUCCAGCGGCCUUAAGAACGACUACAACAAAGAAACAUUCACCUUAAAGCACAAGAUCGACGAGCAGAUGUUUCCCUGCCGAUUCGUCAAAAUAGUGCCUCUGAUGUCUUGGGGUCCUAGUUUUAACUUCAGCAUCUGGUACAUCGAGCUGCACGGUAUCGAAGAUCCAGAUGUGGUGCAGCCCUGCCUUAACUGGUACAGCAAGUACAGAGAACAGGAAGCCAUCCGCCUUUGCCUCAAGCACUUCCGGCAGCAUAACUACACAGAGGCCUUCGAGUCGCUGCAGAAAAAGACCCGGAUAGCUCUGGAGCACCCCAUGCUCACCCACCUGCACGACCGGCUGGUGCUGCAAGGGGACUUCGACGCCUGCGAGGAGCUCAUAGACAAAGCUGUGAGAGACGGUUUGUUUAACCAGUAUAUCAGCCAGCAGGAGUACAAGCCCAGGUGGAGUCAGAUCAUCCCCAAAUGCAACAAAGGUACAAGCGCCCAAGAAAUCAACCGAGACGACAUGAACAGUGACGGCGACGACAACAGGCCAGGGAUGAGGGGAGGGCAUCAAAUGGUCAUUGACGUCCAGACUGAGACCGUGUACCUGUUCGGGGGCUGGGACGGCACACAGGACCUGGCUGACUUCUGGGCUUACAGUGUUCAAGAGAACCAGUGGGCCUGCAUCUCCAGGGACACUGAGAAAGAGAGCGGUCCCAGCGCUCGCUCCUGCCACAAGAUGUGCAUCGACUCCCAGCAGCGUCAGAUCUACACGCUGGGCCGUUACCUUGACUCCAGUGUCAGGAACAGCAAGUCUCUGAAGAGCGACUUCUACCGCUACGACAUCGACGCCAACACCUGGACGCUACUCAGCGAGGACACGUCAGCUGACGGAGGGCCAAAGCUGGUCUUUGACCAUCAGAUGUGCAUGGACUCGGAGAAGCACAUGAUCUACACGUUUGGCGGUCGCAUCCUGACGUGCAACGGCAGCGUGGAAGACAGCCGGACGUCGGAGCCCCAGUUCAGCGGCCUCUACGCUUACCACUGCCAGGCGGGAACAUGGAGCCUCCUGCGGGAAGACUCGUGUAACGCCGGGCCAGAGGACGUCCAGUCCCGCAUCGGGCACUGCAUGCUCUUCCACACCAGAAACCGCUGUCUCUACGUGUUUGGGGGUCAGAGGUCAAAGACGUACCUCAAUGAUUUCUUUAGCUACGAUGUGGACGGAGAUCAUGUAGAGAUCAUAUCAGACGGCACCAAGAAGGACUCGGGCAUGGUGCCAAUGACGGGCUUCACCCAGCGAGCCACCAUCGACCCCGACCUCAACGAGAUCCACGUCCUGUCGGGCCUCAGCAAAGACAAGGACAAGCGCGAGGAGAACGUCCGCAACUCCUUCUGGAUCUACGACAUCGCCCGCAACAACUGGUCAUGUGUGUACAAGAACGAUCAGGCAGUGAAAGAAAACCCGAGCAAGGCUCUGCAGGAGGAGGAGCCAUGUCCACGCUUUGCACACCAGCUGGUCUAUGAUGAGAUGCACAAGGUGCAUUACCUGUUUGGUGGAAACCCCGGCAAGUCUUGUUCUCCCAAGAUGCGACUGGACGACUUCUGGUCCCUCAAACUGUGUCGGCCCUCCAAGGAGUACCUGCUCCGCCACUGCAGAUACCUCAUCAGGAAAUACAGGUUCGAGGAGAAAGCCCAGUCAGAGCCACUGAGCGCGCUCAAGUAUCUGCAGAACGACUUGUCACUCACCGUGGACCACACAGACCCUGAUGAGACCAAAGAGUUCCAGCUCCUGCCCUCGGCUCUUUUCAAGUCCAGCUCUGACUUCAUCCCUCUGGGUUUCUCAGACGUCGAUCAGACGUACGCUCAGCGGACGCAGCUCUUCGACACGCUCGUCAACUUCUUCCCGGACAGCAUGACGCCGCCCAAGGGCAACCUGGUAGACCUCAUCACCCUCUAGCCCAUCAUCCUCACCCACACACCGGACUUGACUGACUGACUGAACACCUCCACAUACACACACACACACACGCACCGGAUAGAACGGAGGAGACAGAGACCAGUUAUUUUUCUAUUUCUGAACCCCUGCUCGCGGGAUUCCACUUCUUCACCCUGAUCUCCUGCUGUUCGGUCAGGGUUGUAUAACACACGCGUAAAACAACAUUGUGUGAUUUGGAUACGAGUGAAACUCCACAGCGACCUGAAGGGGUGUGUGUGUGUGUGUUUGGGGUUUUUUUUGUUUGUUUUUGCCCCCCUUCCCCAACCCCUCAAGAUAUCCCUUUGGUUUCUCUUACUGACCAAGAAUUCCUAGAGCCUGAUAAACCCCCUCCAAACUCUGCCAAACAUCGCUUGUGUUUUUCAUUCCCUCCCACCCCCCCCUACAAAAAGUUUAAGCCAAAAAAAGAGGACUGUUUGCAGUCUCUCCAUCCCUCCCUCUCUCUUUCUUUAAUUUCUGUUUUUCAAGUGUCGGGAUUGUGCUUUGUACUCACACAAACGCCCACACAGCGGAUCACAGGCAUCCAUCUGUGUUCGGGCCAAAACAGAUGGUGAGAUGACAUUUGCUCAGACUAAGUUUUGUUUUGGGUUUUUUUCCCCCCAAAAAAAGUGAAGUUUAAAUUCACCACUAUUUAAUUUAUUUGAAGGCAGGACUGGUUUGUACACGAUAGAGGAAACCAUCAUUCACUCUCCACAACUACAAGCUCAUCUGUUCUUCUAGUACUUUUUCAUGCGUCUUUGGCUCAUUUGAAGCUUUCAUUCAGACAAUUUGACUGGCUCGAUCUCCUGUUACACACGCCCCCAUUAAUGAUUGUGACGGCCGCGAAGGUGCAAGAAAAAACAACAAAAAAAAAACAAUUUUUAAAGUGUUUGAACAAUAGAGGACUGAUUUAAAGAGAAAGUUGAAUAUAUAUCUUAAUAUACAUUUAUAUGGUUUUGGUUGUUAUCCCUGUAAAUCGGGCUGGUAAAUUAACAUUUACUACCAAGACAUUCCCUCAGUAAUUAAUGGACUUCAUUCUAAGUGGUUGGUGUACAGAAUAUGUAAAUAUACAUAUAAGAGUUUUUUUCUCAGAUUGACGACGGUGCUUUUUGCAUCUCUCCUCCUUUCUUGUCCCUCUUUAUCAAAAAAAAGGCACACGCAGUAACCUUUUGGCUCUACAUUAAAAUCUCAUCCUAUAUUAAAACAGCUGGUGUGUGAUUGAAGUGUUAGUGCCAGUAAUCCAGCUUGAUAAUUACAGUGGAAAGGGUUAUUUUUAAGUCUGUUUGUCCCGGUGUGUCGACAGGAUGUUCCCUCAGUGUGACAAAUUAGUAGCCAGAAUUUACUUAUCCCCUUUUUUGUGUCCACCUGGAUAGUUUUGUGAAGUAGACAACAGUGUCAAUUAGAACACCCAGAGAACUUCCGCCUCAUCCAGCACAACCAUGGUCACUUUCCAAAAAUAGCUUUAGCAGGCAUUAAUCUGUUAUUUUACACUAAUAACAUUCGUUCUAUGCUAUUAAACCAAGACCUGCCCUCCAAUCAGAAUACUUCUAAUACCCAGUGGCCAUGGUUAAAGAUAAUGUAACAGACACAUCUUAAUGAAUUCAGCCACAUAAGAUUUAUAUACCAAGUGUCUGUGUGGUAGAUUUAGUCAGGGUCAUCACACAGGCUCAUAAGUAACAAGCUUCUGUUUAUAAAGAAAAAGAAAAACUAAAACAUUUUUUGGGGUUUGACAUCACCAAAAACCAACUUUUAGGGAGAAAAUUGUGACUUUAAAGCACGUUUAUUUGCCUGUAACAACAUCAGAACAGAACUUAGGAAAGCAAUAUAGUGAGCUAAUGCCAGACCCUGCCCAAAUCUUCCACAUGGAGAUCCAAGGUCAAUAGCCCUGGAGGAUUCGGGGUCUCGCUCACAUCACAGACAUAAUUUACCUCUGCUGUCACCAAAUUAGUUUCAGGGGGAUUUUCGGGGUCGAUGUUUAUUGGUGCUUACUGCUCCCUCAAAGUCCCGUCUCAUCAUGUUUCUUGUUUAUCGUCUUCCGUGACUCUCAGUCAGACACUAACAGAUAGAUUUUCAGUCAAAUCACUAAUUUCCUAUCCACAAAAAAAAAAACUGUGCUCAUUGGUCACAUGAAGGCACUAUCCAAGUACAUUUAUAACAACUGUGAUGCAUCAGAACACUAUGUGACCAUCAUCUCUGACACAUUUAACUAAGACUGUUAAGCAAAAUUUGUACAUAAUUUGUGUGUGAUGUACAGGAUCAAUACUACUUUCUUUGAGCUGGAUGAACAUUGAGGAAAAAAUCAGUAGGUCACCUCAACAAGAGCAAAAUUGAAAUGUUUUAAUGACAGCUUGGAUGUUCAGUUAUGGGACUCGAUGACUGACGUUCAUGGUCAAAUCGGUGAUCAAAGUCAAAUUCAGAGGUGAAGUUGUACAGAUUCAAGUUGAAGACUCAAGGCAUGAACUAGUUUGAGUCCAGUUCAGUGGCUUUAUAAAGGCAAUGAUUGACACUAAGGGACCAUGUAUUAAAAGCCCGUCUAGCGAUAAUUCUCGUACUGGGAACAUAAACCAAAUCUGUCUAACACUUGCAAACUACAGUGACUAUUAUGUCAUCGUGUUAAACACUAUCUCUGGAUAGCCUGAAAUAUUUUCAAACCAUUUGAAUGAAAGUAUGUUCUAUCUGCUGCUCGAUUUUGCAAAAAAGAUUAGAGAAGAGUUUUAACCUGCCUCACCAGUUCCAGAUCUUUCUAAUCCUGGUAGCCAGAAAUGAUGUAGCGGAACACAGGAACAAUGUAAAGGUGUUGCUUUGUAUGAAAAUGUAAAAUAAUGGAAAGAAACAAGAAUAUAGAGAAAUAUAACCAAUAAAAAAAACUAUUUCAUGUUGGUUCACAUCAUACAAAUAAUUAAGAACAUACUGUAUAUCAUUUCAAGCUACCAUCAAAUUAGGAAAUGGAGUCAAAUUUUGGAAAGCUUUUUUUUUUUUUAAAUCCAGAUGGACAGAGGAGCCUUUAAGAGAUGAGGAACAACUUUGAAAAUGUUGAAAAUAAUAGAAUACAAAUCACCAGGAAAACAGAAGGAUUAGCUGUGUGAUUUGGUUGUAAUAAUAAUACAUGAAAGACACAAAGUAAGGCUAGAUAAAUGCUAAACAGUGGAUUAAGUGUCACCAGAAGGGAGGAGUCAUUAGGUGAGUGAACUGGCUCAGUAAUGUCUGUGACACGGACAAGGUUUUAUCUACAGUAAAGUCAGCUAACAUUAACCACCAUGAGGUACUGGACCUCCUAGACCGAGACUGCAGCAGCAAAAGUUCUCAGUGCACAGAAUUCUACUUAUCAUUUUUAAGAGGAACCAUAUAGAGACUUACAAAAAAUAAUGACAUUAUAAAGUAUUAAAAAAAAAAAAUCAUGUCACUUAUAUAUAAACACAAAAUCAGACUUGAUGUU